CAGUUUGUGAUUGCGCAUAAACAGUUAUUCAAUAUUGUUAAAAAAAUAUGUAAGAAAUAAUGAUAAGGACUGAACACAGUGGUUUGACCAAGUCAUCAAAUGCCCAUAUACACGAGAAACAAAGAAAUGGGCAACAGUAGAGAGAUGGCAACUUCGGGGACAGUUGCAUACUAGUAAAUUGACUCUCAUAAUCCAUCCAACCAUCAGAUAGUUAUUGGGAAGAGAAGCUCAUCAUGGCAGGACGCGGAAAAGCACUAAAUUUGCUAAAACACAUUUCCUCGGCAACAUGCCAGUGCCCGGCCCAUUCUGGCGGCUGGUCGCACAUGGCCCACUCCACAAAGGCAACCAAAACCACCGAUUAUGCCUUUGAGAUGGCCUGCUCCACAGUGCGCUACGGCCCUGGAGUGACUAAGGAAAUAGGCCAGGACUUGGAGGCCAUGGGUGCCAAGCGAGUUCUGGUCAUGACUGACAAGACCCUGGCCAAGAUGUCCCCUGUUGGAGUUGUUGUCAACUCCCUUACAAAAUAUAAUGUCAACUUUUCUGUUUUUGAUAAUGUAAGAGUUGAACCCACUGAUGUGAGUUUUAAAGAAGCCAUCAAUUUUGCAAAGGAAGGAGAGUUUGAUGCUUAUGUGGCAGUAGGAGGGGGAUCUGUCAUGGACACAUGCAAGGCAGCCAAUCUGUACGCAUCAGACCCGGCUGCAGACUUCCUGGAUUAUGUGAAUCCUCCUAUUGGCAAGGGCAAGCCAGUCACAGCUAAGCUUUCACCACUCAUUGCAGUGCCUACGACAGCUGGCACAGGCAGUGAGACGACAGGAGUGGCCAUCUUCGACUACGAGCCACUGAAGGCCAAGACGGGCAUUGCCAAUCGUGCACUUAGGCCAACUCUGGGCAUAAUUGACCCUCUCCACACACUCCUCAUGCCCGAGAGAGUAGCUGCCUAUAGUGGUUUUGAUGUUUUGUGCCAUGCCCUGGAGUCGUACACUGCCAUUCCUUAUCAUGACCGGUCACCCUGCCCAGAGAACCCCCUGCAGCGCCCGGCAUACCAAGGCUCAAACCCCAUAUCUGAUGUGUGGUCUAUUCAUGCUCUUGGAGUUCUUGCAAAGUACUUUAAAAGGUCCGUGUACAAUGCCGAUGAUGUAGAAGCCCGAUCCAAGAUGCACUUGGCAAGCACUUUUGCUGGUGUUGGGUUUGGCAAUGCUGGCGUUCACCUCUGUCAUGGCAUGUCUUAUCCCAUUGCUGGAAAUGUGAGGAAUUUCUUGCCCAGUGAUUACGAAUGUGAUCACCCCAUUAUACCUCAUGGGCUGUCAGUGGUGAUGACAGCUCCAGCUGUCUUCCAGUUUACUGCCUCCAUGUGCCCAGAGAGACACAUUGAAGCAGCAAAGGUGCUUGGGAAGGAUGUGACUAAAGUUAAAAGGGAAGAUGCAGGCCUUGUUUUGGCUGAUGUUCUCCGUGAGUUCAUGCAUGAAAUGAAGGUAGACAAUGGACUGGGAGCUCUUGGCUACACAACAGAUGACAUCCCUGCUUUGGUGAAAGGGACUCUCCCACAACAUCGAGUGACAAAACUGGCACCAAGGGAACAGAGUGAGGAGGACCUGGCAACCCUCUUUGAAAAUUCAAUGAAAGUUUUCUAAGUUGCAGAAAAUAUUUUGUAAUGUCUAGGGAAAAUGUGGUAAUACUAAUUUGAACUGACUGUUGCUAGAUGGUCCUGUUUCUCUUGCAUGUUGUUGAACACUAAUAGUCUAUUUUUUAAGCAAGUAAAGAUGUUUUUAAUGUUGUUUAGUGUAACAUUAAUAACUACCAUUUUGAGAGACUACACAAAUUAUGUAAUGAAUUUAAUUUUGGUUCUUUGAAAUUAUUUAUGCAAAUACUUUUCAGAAUGAUGUUCACAAAUAAAUGUUUUAUUAAUUA